CAUCGACGUCAAUAAAAAGCGGUAAUCUGUCUUUUUCUGCCUCGUGGUCGUUGCAUUGCAUCUUCUUCAAUCAUCACCCUAGAAAUGGCGCCAGGUGGUGACACCAACGGCGGUGGAACCCUAACACCGCCACCUUCACUCCCUCCCUCUUCCAACCCUCCCGGCGACUCGCUUCCAACCCUUCCAUUCGAGCUCGUGGAAAAAAUCCUCUGCAGGCUUCCCGUGAAGCCUCUUCUGCGAUUCCAGUGCGUCUCCAAAUCCUGGAAUUCCCUGAUUUCCGAUUCCAAAUUCGCCAGAAAGCACCUCCGCGAGUUCAACCGCCGCACCAUCAUCUUAGAAACCAGGAACCAUCUCAACUCUUACUCCCUUCAACCUGCUUUUGCAUUUACCGCGGCGAACCCCACCGCCACCACGCCGAUACCGUACCCUCCCAACCAUUAUUUCUACCAUUCUGUCGUCGUUGGCUCUUGCGAUGGCAUCAUUUGUUUGUGCGACUUCAAUACUCGUACCUUUCUUGCAUGGAAUCCUUGCACUAAGACAUUUGCGAAAUCUCCGCCAUGGGAGAAGUUAAACGCAGGAGAUUACACAGUAAAGACAUCAUUAGGGUUUGGUUACGAUCGUCGCACCGGAAUCUAUAAGGCAGUUAGAAUCUUCACCCAUGGUCUUAAAGCUCAAGUUAUGGUUCAUACGUUUGGUACCAAUUCUUGGAGAACAAUGGAGGAGAAUUUUCUCCCGCAUGAUAAUAGUGGAAAAUUUUCAAAGGGAACAAUUAACUGGAUUGGGGUUGCCCAUUGGAAUUCUGUGCGGUUUAUCAUUUCUCUAGAUUUAGGGAAGGAGUCCUUUCAGGAACUUCGGCUGCCGGCUGGAAUAGACCAAACAAACCUUACAUUGGGCGUGUUGCGCGAUAGCUUGUGUGUCGUUUCUCAUUUGCGAUUGUUGUUUUGGGAUAUUUGGAUGAUGAAGGAGCAUGGAAAUAGCGAGUCUUGGACUAAAUUAUUCAGUAUUCCUGAUUACACUGGGGAGAUUGGCUAUUUUCCCCUUAACCAGCCGCGCUAUGUUUCUGAGGAUGAGGAAGGAUUACCGCCGCCUUCCUUGUCUGAUUUAAUUGUUUAUGUCCUGGUAGCUUCUAUUCACAAUGUUUCUAAGAUUUUUCAUUUUCAAUGCUGGCCAGCUUUGAAGUUCCCAAAGAUCUUCCAUGAGCCAGUGGUCCACACAGAGAGUUUGACAUCACCUUGUCCUCUAGCAGGUAGAUUUGAUGAUUUUGUUGGGAUCUCUAUUAAUCAAUAGUAGAUGUAAUAUGCAUCUUUUAAUUUAAAGUAUUAAGGUUUGAUAGUAAUUUUUUGUAAGGCUUCUGUGGAAGUUAGGCUAGGAACUCUUUUAAGAGCUUAUUUACUAGCAGUACUUUUUAAUUAAAAGUAAUGUUUGAAUAAAUGUAUUGGAAGAACUUUUACCA